UUUCCCCUUCAGUCGCCGAGGUCACUGCAAGCAAUUUGUAUGUCACUGAUUUAAGGACUUCUCAGGACCCGACCACGAAACUUUGAUAAUGGAGGACGACCAACCAAAAACGUUGUAUGUGGGAAAUUUGUCCAGGGAUGUAACAGAGCCCCUCAUUCUGCAGCUCUUCCAACAGAUAGGACCCUGCAAAAGCUGUAAAAUGAUUUUUGAUACAGCUGGGAAUGAUCCCUACUGCUUUGUGGAGUUCUACGACCACAGGCAUGCUGCUGCCUCAUUGGCAGCCAUGAAUGGAAGGAAAAUAAUGGGUAAGGAAGUCAAAGUCAACUGGGCCACUACACCAACAAGCCAGAAGAAAGACACAAGUAAUCAUUUUCAUGUCUUUGUUGGAGACCUCAGUCCAGAAAUAUCUACAGAAGACGUCAAAGCUGCCUUUGGACCCUUUGGAAGAAUAUCAGAUGCACGUGUUGUCAAAGAUAUGGCUACAGGGAAAUCUAAAGGCUAUGGAUUUGUGUCUUUCUUCAACAAAUGGGAAGCGGAGAAUGCCAUUCAACAGAUGGGAGGCCAGUGGUUAGGAGGUAGACAAAUCCGAACUAACUGGGCUACAAGAAAGCCCCCUGCGCCAAAAAACACCUAUGAAACGAGUAACUCCAAGCACCUGUCUUUUGAUGACGUCGUGAACCAGUCCAGCCCCAGUAAUUGCACUGUCUACUGUGGCGGCGUCAGCACAGGACUGACAGAACAACUAAUGAGACAGACCUUCUCUCCUUUUGGGCAAAUUAUGGAAAUCAGAGUUUUCCCAGAUAAAGGCUAUUCAUUUGUAAGAUUCAGCUCCCACGAGUCAGCAGCCCAUGCCAUUGUGUCCGUGAAUGGAACUGCAUUAGAGGGCCAUAUAGUCAAGUGCUACUGGGGUAAAGAGAACCCAGACAUGAUGAACCCAGUGCAGCAAAUGCCUGUACCUCAGCAGAACAAGAUUAGCUUCCCUGCAGCUCAGCCCUACAACCAGUGGGGCCAGUGGUAUGGCAAUGGGCCUCAGAUCAACCAGUAUGUCCCAAAUGGGUGGCAGGUUCCCAGCUACGGUGUCUAUGGUCAGGCCUGGAACCAGCAGGGCUUCAAUCACAUACCGGCCAAUGCUGGGUGGACUGGCAUGAGCGCCAUCAGUAACGGUGGGGUUAUGGAGCCCACACAGGGAUUGAAUGGGAGUAUGCUUGCCAACCAGCCUGGUAUGGGAGCCGCAGGAUACCCCACACACUGAUAACGGGGAAGGGCAGGAGAUAUGUCAACCGUCUGCCUUUUUUGGCUUUAACGUGCUCACUGGGGCCAUUACCUCUUGGCAGCACUAAGACAUUUACUCGGAUGUGGAUCCGAUUGGGGUGAUUGACUUCUUUUGGAGGUGUAAAAGGUAUUUCUUUUUGGGGGGUUGGGGGUUGAGGUCACAAGAUCCAGGAUGGAGCAGUUUGACCCACGCAGGUAUUUACACCCUCUAUUGGAGCCAAAAGUGGCUGAGAUCCUGGGUCCGUACAAUUUUUUUUUUUUUAAGUUAACUGUCACAAAACUGUAAAGGAGAACCUUUUUUUCUGGUUUUUACAAAUGGCUUCCAUGGUAGUUCCUCAGAAUCACUGGGCGUUGUCUUAUUUUUGGUUUUAAAGAAACGGUCAAGGUCUAGAGUUUUUGCUAAGUUAUGAACCUGAAUUCUUUGAGGAAUGGAAAUCUGUUUCAUUUGUACACAUUAAAAUCUAUUGCAGGGAUUGUUUGCCACUGCUGCUUCUCUGUAAAGGCAGUUAAAUAUUGCACAGUCCCCCCCUGCUUCUACUCACUUGACAAAUUACAUUUUUUUUCCUUUGCAUUCCAUUUUUCGUUCAUUUAUAUUUUGGACAGCCUCAAAAUCUUUUAGCCACAUGUAAAUAACUCACUUUGAUACCACGUAAGUACGAAUGCUACUGUUAACUGUGGGUGCUUGCUUUCAUUUUUGGUUCAAACCAACUCUCCAGUUAACUCCCAUAAUGUGAGUAGCAGUAGCAGCACUGACACAGUGCGACAUGAUUCUUUCAUGCAGGGACAAAGAUGGCAUUGCUAUGCAGUGCACACGUAAAACGUUGGACGCAAUCCUGAUGUAAAGAAAUUUUAAUGCCGCCCCCCCCCCAUGCAUUUUUUUUGUAUAAAAGCUCUUCAGUGGGUCAUUUAACAUUUACACCUACUCUGUUUGCCAGAGUUGGGGAGGCCUACAUUACUGUUGCCUUAUUAAGCUGGUUUCUUUUAGCUGAUAAGAUACUUUUCACUUUGGCAGUGCCUACAGUUGUUUUCAGACCCUUCUGUUUUGAAAGGUGUUAAUCCCUGAGAACUGAUGACUCUGCUACUGUAAACAAUGUUUUCUUGCUUUUGUCCUAUUAAAAAUGCUCAUGAACACAGA